AGAUCAAAACCCAGGAGAAACAGAGAGUGAAGCAAAUGGGAGUGACAAUGGGUCUGAAUCUGCUGCUGCUGAUGGCUAUGGUGGCCACCAACAUACUCUCACUCUACCACCUCUCCUCCACUCUCCAAACCCCAAAACCCCCAACUCCCCAGCCAGUCCCUGACCACCUCCUCCACCAGCUCCACACAUUACGCGCCACCAUCAACCACCUCACGCGCGACCACCCUUCACCAUCAACCGCCACCGCCAAAACAACCAAACCCGACAUCCCCUCAGAUCUUCUCCUCUACUCUCAGCUCUCCCCCAUCGCCUCCUCCUGCCACAACCACCCUGACCUCGUCCACAAGUACAUGACCUACACCCCCUUCUCUCUCUGCCCACUAGACUCCGACCUUGCCGAGGCACUCAUUCUCCGCGGCUGCCACCCGCUCCCCCGCCGCCGAUGCUUCACAAGAACCCCACCAAAACCCACUUCUUCUCUCCCCCUGAAUCCGUUUCCUCCUUCGCUUCCGGACUCCAAUGUCUUGUGGGACAAGUAUUCCUGCAAAAGCUUCAGCUGCCUCGGCGGCAAAAACCCCAACUUGGGCUUCGACCUGCCUCACGAAGUGUCCAAUUUCAUGACUUACAAGUCGGAGCUCGACCUCCCAAUCCCUCAGCUCUUCCAAAUCGCCAAAGCCGCCAACUCGGUCCUCCGUCUCGGCGUCGACAUCGGCGGCGGAACUGGGACUUUCGCGGCGAGGAUGAAGCUUUACAAUGUCACCGUUGUCACGACCACGAUGAACCUCGGAAUCCCCAACAAUGAGGCGGUGGCGCUGAGAGGGUUGGUCCCAAUUCACGCGCCGCUGCAGCAGCGGUUGCCAGUGUUCGACGGGGUGGUGGAUCUGGUGCGGUGCGCGCACGCAGUGAACCGGUGGAUACCGGUGACGGCAUUAGAGUUUUUGCUGUUUGAUGCGGAUAGAGUGUUGAGGGGAGGAGGGUACUUGUGGUUGGAUAAAUUUUUCAGCAAGGGGGUGGAUCUUGAGAAGGUUUUUGGACCGUUGAUUGGGAAAUUGGGGUACAGGAAGGUGAAGUGGGCUACUGCAAAUAAGAACGAUUCCGGCGGGAUCAAGAACGGCGAGGUUUACUUGUCUGCUCUGCUCCAAAAACCCGUCUCGAAAUGAGGUUGCAAUUUGAGGUCUCUGAUAUGUUUUGCGUGAUCUGGUUGUGGCAUUCAUGUCUUUGUUGGACAAAGUUCUAUGAGAUCUUAAUACGAACCAGAGCCAGUCACGUUAGUUCUUUCGUUGCUAUCAUAUAGCAUGGUGUUCUAGGAUGAACAUGGCAUUCGCCUUCGGUGUACAUUGUCUUUAGGCCUCUUGAAUUGCUGAGUGUUUGCUAGAAUUUACUUGGUCUGUGAAUAAUCCAAGAUGUGAUACCUAGUAAACCUUGCUUAAAACUUUCGGAGAUAUGACAUUGCAAACAAUUUAGCGUUCUA